UCAGCUGAUGCGCGCGUCCCACUGACAGUCCAACAGUGUUUCCACAGGACCGGUGCAGCAGUUCAGUGCGCACCGGGGAUCGCCAGACUAUUUCAUCAGUGUUUCAGCGACGAGGGCUUCACCUGCUGUGGAACUGUCAUGACUGAACGCUAUUAUUGAAGAGAACAACAUCUGCUAGAUUCUACAUUUAGGCCCAACCAUGUUCCACUUGAUCAAGAAAGAUAAAGACAAGGAGAAGGAUGGAUCAAAAAAGGAGAAAAAGGAGAAGAAGGAGAAAAAAGAGCGAAUGUCUCUAGCCGAGCUGAAGAGUCUCGAGGAAAUGAGCGUGAGGAGAGGUUUCUUUAAUCUCCAUCGGAGCAGCUCUAAACGGGAGUCGAAAGGAAAGCUGGAGAUUUCCAGCCCCAUUCCCAUCAAAGUGGUCCGAAACACAGAGCUCAGCCUGGCGGAUGUGGACCUCAGGAAACUCUACACUCAGGGGGCCGUAACGCCCUCAAGCUCAAGCGAUGACAUCAAGGUGGAGCAAGAUGGCCGCCGGAAUUCCGUCAAAGAGCAGGUGGCCAAGAUUGACUCCAUGACGAAGCAGAACUCUCCGGUAGAACCGAAGCAGAACUCUCCGGUAGAACAAGUCUUAGAGCGCUUUUCUUUCUCACAGAGGAGCCUCUCACCGCCAGGCCACAACUCCACCCGUCCCUCACCUCAGGUAGAAGUCAACCCAUCAGCUCUAGAUGAUGAGAGCCCUGUGAAGAACGUCCAGGUCCCAGAGAUAGUGGACCGAACGUUCCCCGCAGACUUGCGCUUGCCUGCUUUGGCGCCUCCUCAGGUUCCUGCGCCACGGGAGUUGGAACUUCAGCGGCGCAACACUGGCGAUUUCGGCUUUUCCCUUCGCCGCAUCACCAUGGUGGACCAGCAGCCCGAUGGGUCGCCCUACCGAAAGGUGGUCCACUUCGCUGAGCCCGGCGCUGGGAAUAAGGACCUGACUUUGGGGCUGGUGCCAGGUGACCGUCUGGUCGAGAUCAACGGCAGGAACGUGGAAAGUAAAAACAGGGAUGAGAUCGUGGAGAUGAUCAAGCAGUCCGGAGACACGGUGCGUCUGAAGGUGCAGCCCAUCGUGGAGCUGAGUGAGCUGAGCCGCUGCUGGUUGAGGAACACCAGAGGCCUGAACCAUGAGGUGAAGACGGAGGAGCAGCUCGCUGCAGAGAAGGCCUGGUACAACACUGAGAAAGUCUGGCUUGUCCAUAAAGAUGGCUUCUCUUUGGCUACACAACUCAAGACAGACAUGGACUCUCUCCCAGAGGGGAAAGUCAAGAUCAGACUGGAGCAUGAUGGGACAUUACUGGAAGUGGACGAGGAUGAUGUGGAGAAGGCGAAUCCUCUAUCAUAUGAUCGAGUGGAGGAUCUCUCGUCUCUUCUGUACCUCAAUGAGUCCAGCAUCCUCCACACCUUGCGUCAGCGCUAUGGUGGAAACCUCAUCCACAGCUAUGCUGGGUCAAAUCUGCUGGUGAUCAAUCCUCUCAGCACCCCCGCCAUGUACUCAGAGAAGGUGAUGCAGAUGUUUAAGGGCUGCCGGAGGGAGGAAACAGCCCCUCACAUCUUUGCUGUCGCUCAGUCGGCAUAUCAUCAGCUGCUGACGACACGUCAGGAUCAGACCAUCGCACUGCUGGGCAGGAGCGGCAGCGGGAAGACCACCAGCUGCCAGCAUCUGCUGCAGUACCUGGUCACCAUCGCAGCCGGCAGUGGAAAGGUGUACUCGGCUGAGAAAUGGCAGGCGGUCUAUUCGGUUCUCGAGGCGUUUGGAAACUGCAGUACAGCUAUGAAUGGGAACGCCAGUCGCUUCUCACACAUCGUCUCUCUAGACUUCGACCAGGCAGGACAGGUGGCCUCUGCAUCCGUCCAGACCAUGUUGCUGGAAAAGUUCAGAGUGACCAGGCGACCAGAAGCAGAAUCCAGCUUCAAUGUGUUUUACUAUCUGAUGGCCGGAGCAGAUGCAUCUCUAAAGACUGAACUUCAUUUCAAUCACUUUGCUGAGAACAACACGUUUGGGCUCCUCCCUCACUCGAAGCCCGAGGACAAGCAGAAAGCCACUCAGCAGUUCACUAAGCUGCAGGCUGCCAUGAAAGUCCUGGGCAUCUCUGCUGAAGAACAGAAAACUGUGUGGCUCAUUUUAGGGGCCAUAUACCAUCUCGGUGCCGCUGGGGCCACCAUAGAAACAGAUGCAGCGGGCCGAAAGCAGUUUGCCAGACACGAGUGGGCACAAAAAGCGGCGUAUCUCCUGGGCUGCACGCUGGAAGAGUUGUCGUCCGCCAUCUUUAAACAGCAGGGAAAGAGCACCCUGCCCCGCUCCGUCAGCGUCCGGCAGAGCACGGAUGAUACGGACAGCUCGGUGUCUAAAGCAACAGCAGCUGAGUGUUUGGAGUCCAUGGCGUCAGGUUUAUACUCUGAGCUUUUCACACUCAUCGUCUCUCUUAUUAACAGAGCACUGAAGUCCAGUCAGCACUCUCUGUGUUCUCUGCUGAUUGUGGACACUCCAGGGUUCCAGAACCCUCGUCAGGUGAAGAACCAGCGCGGCGCCACCUUCGAGGAGCUCUGCCAUAAUUACGCUCAGGAACGUCUACAGAUGCUUUUUCAGGAGCGGACAUUCGUAAGGGAACUGGAGCGUUACAAAGAGGAAAACAUUGAGAUCUCUCUGGAUGACCUGGAGCCCAGCCCUUCUCGCUCAUUGGCUGUGAUUGAUCAGUCCUCCAGUCAAGCCCUGGUACGUACUCUGUCCCGUACGGAUGAGGCCAGAGGUCUGUUUUGGCUGAUGGAGGAGGAGGUUUUACAGCCGGGAGGGUCCGAGGAAACGCUCCUGCAACGACUCUUCAGUUACUACGGCCCUGCGGAGGGAGAGAGCGCAGGUCGCACAGUGCUGCUUAAAAGUGAAAAUGCACAUCACUUCCUGCUCGGCCACAGUUACGGGACAGAUUGGGUGGAAUAUGACACUCGUGGUUGGCUGAACCUCGCCAGGCAGAACCCCAGCCCCCAGAACGCUGCCAAUCUGCUGCAGAACUCCCAGAAAAAGAGCAUCAGCGGGAUGUUUGUGGGCCGCUCUAGCAGUGCUGGGGUUCUGACGGGCUCCAUCGCUGGACUGGAGGGCGUCUCUCAGCUCGCCCUGCGCCGGGCCACCGGCAUGAGGAAGACCUUCACCACAGGCAUGGCAGCGGUCAAGAAGAAAUCGCUCUGCCUUCAGAUUAAACUCCAAGUGGAUGCACUGUUGGACACCGUUCGCAGAUCCAGGGUUCACUUUGUCCACUGUCUGUUACCCCGAGCAGAAGUUCUGAGGGCCGCAGGAUCCCCCGAGGAGAGUUGCGACACUGGACUCAUGCAAAUGGACGUGGCUUUGCUCAGGGCGCAGAUCCGUGGCUUCAAACUGCUGGACGGUUUGAGGAUUUACAGACAAGGUUACCCUGACCACAUGGUCUUCUCUGAGUUCAGAAGACGCUUUGACAUUUUGGCCCCUCACUUGACCAAGAAACUGGGCCGCAACUACAUCGUGAAGGAUGAGAAGCGAGCAGUAGAGGAGCUUCUGGAGUCAUUGGAAUUGGAGAAGAGCAGCUAUCACAUGGGUCUUAGCAGGGUGUUCUUCAGGGCUGGAACAGUGGCUAAACUAGAGGGACAGAGGGAUGAACACACCAGACAGAACAUCACGCUGUUCCAGGCCGCCUGCAGGGGCUUUUUGUCUCGACAGGCCUUCAAAAAGAGGAAGAUCCAGGAUUUGGCCAUCCGCUGCGUCCAGAAGAACAUUAAGAAGAACCAUGGCGUGAAGGACUGGCCUUGGUGGAAGCUCUUCACCACCGUACGGCCUCUAGUGGAGGUUCAGCUCACCGAAGAACAGAUUCGAGGAAAAGACGAGGAGAUCAUGCAUCUGAAGUUGAAGCUGGAGAAGGUGGAAAAGGAAAGGAACGAGCUUCGGCUGACCUCGGAUCGAAUGGAGAGCAGAAUUACGGAGCUGACGGCAGAGCUUUCAGAUGAGAGGAAUUCUGCGGAGUCUACAUCCCAGCUGCUGGAGACGGAGACAAGCGAGAGAUUGCGUCUGGAGAAGGACAUGAAGGAUAUGCAGGUGAAGUUUGACUCUGUGAAGAAACAGAUGGAGUCCAUGGAGAUGGAGAUCAUGGAGGCCAGACUCCUCCGCGCAUCAGAACUCAACGGCGAGAUGGACAACGAUGGCGAUGAUGAUUCUGGAGGUGAAUGGAGGUUAAAAUAUGAACGUGCCAUCAGGGAUAUGGAUUUCACAAAGAAAAAACUCCACCAGGAGAUGGAUGACAAGAUGGAGACAGAACAACAGAACAAGAGACACCUGGAGAGAAAAUUUGCGGAGUUGCAGGCUGACCAGGAGGAGUCGCAGCGAUCUGUCCAGCAGCUGAAGAAGAAGUGCCAGCGGCUGGCAGCCGAACUGCAAGACACCAAACUGCACCUGGAAAAUCAAGAGGGGCGCAACCAUGAGCUGGAGAGAAAACAGAGGAAGUUUGAUGUGGAGAAGAACCAGGCUCAAGAAGAACUACAGAAGGAGAGGAACCAGCGGGAGAAACUGGCCCGAGACAGAGAUAUGCUGGCGGCCGAGAUGUUCACAAUCAGACAACAGCUAGAGGAGAAGGACACAGAGCUGUGUACGGUCAGCGUGAAGGUCGAGCAGCUGGAAUCCGAGCUCCAGGAUCUCUCCUCUCAGGAGUCCAAAGAGGAGGCCUCACUUGCAAAGGUUAAGAAGCAACUGCGUGACCUUGAAGCAAAGGUCAAAGAUCAAGAGGAGGAGCUUGAUGAACAGGCUGGAACCAUUCAGAUGCUGGAGCAGGCUAAACUUCGUUUGGAAAUGGAGAUGGAAAGAUUGAAACAAACACACUCUAAAGAGCUUGACAGUAAAGAUGAGGAGGUGGAGGAGAUCAGACUGUCCUGCAGUAAGAAGCUGAAGCAGAUGGAAGUGCAGUUAGAGGAGGAAUAUGACGAUAAACAGAGAGUUCUGAGAGAAAAGAGAGACUUGGAAUCCAAACUGAUGACUGCACAGGAACAGGUUGGCCAGAAGGAUGUAGAGACAGAGAAACGUCUCAGGAAGGACCUGAAGCGCACAAAGGUUCUCCUAGCCGAUGCUCAGAUUAUGCUGGACCACCUGAAGACUAACGUGCCUAGUAAGAGAGAGAUCGCCGCACUCAAAAAUAAGUUGGAGGAGUCCGAGUUUGCCUGCGCAGCCGCAGUUAAAGCGCGCAAGUCCAUGGAGCUGGAAAUUGAAGACCUUCAUAUCCAGAUGGAUGACAUCUCCAAAGCCAAGAUGUCUUUGGAGGAGCAGAUAAGUCGUUUGCAGAGAGAGAAGAAUGACCUGCAGUCUCGCUUUGAGGAGGAUCAGGAGGACAUGAACGAACUCAUGAAGAAGCACAAAGCCGCAGUGGCUCAGACUACAAGAGAUUUGGCACAAAUCAGUGACCUGCAAACCCAGGUGGAGGAGGCCAUGAAGGACAAACAAGAGAUCCAGGAUAAGCUUCAGUCCCUGCAGUCACAGCUUGAGUUUCAGGAACAGUCGAUGGUGGAGAAAUCUCUGGUCAGCCGCCAGGAAGCCAAAAUCCGUGAACUGGAGACCAAACUAGAAUAUGAGAGGACCCAGACUAAACGUCUGGAGUCUCUUGUGACGCGGCUGAAGGAGAACCUUGAGAAGAUGACCGAGGAACGAGACCAGCGUGUUACCAGCGAAAACCGGGAGAAGGAUCAGAACAAGCGCAUGCAGCGGCAGAUCCGCGACAUAAAGGAGGAGAUGACUGAACUGUCUAAGAAAGAAACCGAAGCCAGCCGCAAAAAACAUGAGCUGGAAUUGGAUAUUGAAAGUCUGGAAGCAGCCAAUCAGAGCUUACAAGCAGAUCUGAAGUUGGCCUUUAAGCGGAUUGGGGACCUGCAGGCCGCUAUGGAAGAUGAAAUGGAGACGGAUGAUGAUGACGACCUCAUCAACAGUUUACAAGACAUGGUGACAAAGUAUCAAAAGAGAAAGAACAAAACUGGAGAUGAAUCAGAUAUGGACUCUGAGGUGGAGGACCGCGUGGAUGGGGUGAAGUCAUUGCUCUCCAAAAGCAAAGGAUCCACUAAGACGCUCACGGAUGAGGGCACACAGAAAACCACCAGACACCCCAAUGCCGCUAAUGCUGAUGUGAAAGAUAUAAAAGAGGGGAAGGAGGAAGUAAGAAAAGAGUCGGACGAGAGCCGUUCGGUGUCUGUGAUGAGCUCGCUCAGCUAUAGGAAACGCUCCCAUCAGAAGGAUGAGAGUUCCCUCUUCAGCGCCCUUCGGGAGCAGCCGGACGUGCCUGACCGAUUGUCGUUACGCAAAGCUAAAAGCAAACCCGUCGACAGGCCUCAGACUGGCGAUGACCUGGAUGACCGGGGUUCAGUGAUCUCCCAGGCUUACUCCGAGGCUGCCAGCAGGGCCAGGAAAGGCCUAGACCGUCGAUGGACCAAGAGCAGUCCAGAAUUUGACAAGCAGUCCAUGGUGUCCUCAGUGGCCCCAAGCCGAGCUUCCACCCGCCACGAUGAUGAUGAUGAUGAUGAUGAUGCUCGGUCUGGUGUGAGCAGCUUCAGUUUUAGACGUAGUACAUCUUGGGUGGAUGACAGCCGCAGCGAGUACGGGUCAACGAGCGCCAUACGAUCUAGAAGUCGCAGUCCUGGGAGCACCAGCGUCGGCUCUCGGAUCUCCCUGGCUCGCAGCACUCGACUUAGUGAGUUCGGACUUCGUUUGAAUAAUGACGAUGUCGAUGAGGAUGAGGAUAUUGACUCUGUGAGUGUGGCCGCAUACAGUCCACGCUCACCGGGCCGUAGUUUGUCCACUCCUGCCCAACUACGCUCCUCUGAGAACCCGCUGGACACCUCGGAUGUUAAACCUGUGAGCCACCGCAACUACCUGGACCCCGAGUUAGAAAAAGCUAUUAAUGAAGUCCUGAGCUUCAAGCCAAUCAAAUUCAAACGUCGUAGCUUAGAAGACUCAGAUGAAGAGGGGAAAGGCGGUGGUGCAGGAGAGGAAGAACAAAGGAAGGACGAUGAAGGGUCGAGUUUGAGAGGUUCUGCUGUAGAUUCUGGACGUUCGUUGAGUUCAUUAAGCUCCAAGAGCGGCAGGAAAAAGAACAAGAAGAAGAGCCGGCGUUCCGAGUCCGACAGCUCCUCCAAUGAGGAUCGCACUCGGCGGCGUUCCGGAAAGAGAGCUUCCAGAAGCUCAAGGAAGAAAGAAUCUGGAUCUUCCGAAUCAGAGUCGGAGUCUUCAGGCUCUGCAUCGACCGUUUCGUAUCGCAGCUCGAACAGCGUUAAAAGAACCCCGGGUAAGAAAACUUGUCCGGACAGUGAUGAAGAGCGGCCCUCCAGCAAAAAAGAAGUGAAGAAACAGAAGAAGAAGAUGGACAGCCUGGUUAUGAAGUAUCUCUACAAGCCUGACAGUGAAUAAGGAUCAUUAUUAGCCCCCCGUUCUACAGACCGCACUCAGUGCAACACGACGAAGACGACACAGGACCAGAGACAGACACUACACAAACUGGAAGAUCUAACC